GGACGGGUCACUGACAUAACCCUCCUACUAGGCACCUCUCCCGAGCUUAGAACAGCGAUCACACCGAAAGCACAAUCCUCUCGAGACAGAUGUGUUAAACCAGUGGUCAGCGUUUCAGCAGCCAUGGGCCAUGCCGCACUGCGGACAGGAGGAUCUUCAGAGUUCUCUGGCCAAGGGUUCAAUCGCGGAAUAUUCCCAAGGCAGAGUUUCAUGGGAAUUGAGACAUGAAAGAAGUUAAGAAGCAAAGCAGGGAAGUGGCGUUGAGCUUGGGGAAAUGACAGCUAACUGCUCAUAAAAAACCUCACCCACAACCACCUCCUGCCGCACCUACGCGAGAGCCUCUGGGUCCAACACUGGCGUCGCCAGACAGCCCAGUAGUCCCGUGGAAGCAAGUCCUCCUCCACCCUGUAUGAUUGUCUAAUAAGGACUGAGUUAGAGAGACUGAAACGUUGUCAAACCUCAUCGUUCUGCGAUUUGGGUGGGUGAGUCCGGUCUCUACCGCUGGCGUGAAACCAGCACCUCUCACCGGAACUGAUCCGGCCCUUUCGCCCCAUUCCUGGAAAUGCCGGUCUCGCCAUACGUGAACUUUGGUUCUGACUGAAGCGUGAGAGAUUUCGACCUCCCUCCUGAUCAAAGAGAAGGGAACCUGAAGGGAGGAACGAAAAGAACCAGAACAGUUAACGCCCUAAGUCCGCGGCAGAUUCUGUUCCUGUUUCUAUGACACUUCACAUUCGGUAUUAGGACUGCGAAAUAUUAUUGACCGUUAGCUCCAGUCCUAGAAGUAACUGAAAAGACGAGACUUUCUCCAUCUGGAGUCAAGCUAACAGAACGAGAGAAGUUGGAAGGGUCUGAGACUGAACUCGCUUGGACACUGAUACAAGUAACAAUCAAGCAUUCACAUUCGUAGAAGAACGGCAUCUGGGAGUUGUUCACGCAACUGCGGAGUAAAAACUUGAUCAGCACCCAUCUCGCACAGUGCAGGGAGGUGAUCGGUGGAUUUACCGCAGCUUCACGGAGACAAUUGUGCUCCUUUCACUGGGUGACCGGCGGCAAACAUGACCUGCACGAACGACAAAUUAUACCAGUCAUCUGCAUUUACACCCAGAUUUUUCGUUGUAAUCUACAGUCUUCUCUUUAUUAUAGGGCUUCCGGAAAACAUCGUAGCAUGCUUUUAUUUAUUAUACAACAAAGCCAAUAAAAGACUGACUGAAGUCAAAAUCUACAUGAUCAAUUUGACACUGGCGGACCUGAUGUUCGUUGUGUUUCUUCCAGUCUGGGUCGAUUAUUACAAUAACGGAAGAAACUGGAGAUUAUCCGACCGUGCGUGCGGUUUCUUUGGGUCUCUGUUUUACAUCAACACCUACAGCACUCUCUGCUUCUUGUCACUGAUAAGCUUCAGCCGCUACCUCGCUGUCUCACGGCCGCUGAAAACAGCUCAGACGAAGCAGGUGGUAAGAGCUGUCAUCCUUACCGCUGUAAUAUGGACAGGAACUCUGGGUGCUUCUAUACCUAUUUUGAUCACAAACAGCAACCACACCAAUAAAAGACCGGACAACAAAACAAGUUGUUUUGAAAAUUAUGUGAAUGACCGGUGGGAUCAGGUUUAG